AUGGAGCAGAAGAGGCAGCAUGAGGAGAACAACCAGCAGAUGGCGGACAUGUCGCAGCAAAUUCUCAAGAUGGAAGGCAUGAUUGGCAUGCUGGUGAACUCAAAAAGCACUCGCAAGUCAAAGCCAGCAGCCUUUGUGGCCCCGAGUCCAAGCCCGACAACCUCAGCCCCUGCUGCACCACCAGCUGCACUUCCGGCUGUCGCCCCUCCCACCAUCACGAUCAACUUCCAUGGCAGCGACGGGCCUGGAGGCAGUGUGGCAACACCCACUAUACCGUCGAUCACAGCAUCCGUUACCGAGACGCUGAGCGGUUCAGUGCCACUCAUCACAACUGCCACCUCAUCUGGUUCCACAGGAUCGGCUGCUCCAGCACCAUUGGCUCUGGCACCAUUGGCAGUUCUGGGGCUCGUUCCACCUGUUGCGGCACUGGCAUACACCGGUCCGUGGUCAGCUCGGCGAGAAGAGCUUCAGUGCAUGUACGGUGAAGAUGCCUUCAACAAGCACAAGCCAUGGGUCUGGAAAGUGGGGGAGCUUCUCCCAUCCUAUCAGUACCAACCGAUGAGCACGAUUAUGGACGUCUGGACAGAGUGGACAGCGGGACUCGGUGGGCACAUUCCCGUGCGCGAGCUGACAGAGAAGUGGGGCAACCACUGGCGUCACAACAAUGCAGCACUCAAAAUGGAAGGUGGGCAUCGGAAGAAGAUCAUCGAGCUCAUCGCUGAGCUCUCGCAGAAGUCGCGCUGGUCUGUCCAACUCGCGUUGCACUUCCUUGAAGAGAAGUAUCACCUGAGGUAUAGAGCACACAAGUUCUGUGAAUACCUCACAGAGUCCGGCGGCGUUGGACGCCUCGAAGUGCUGAAGGCCGCAAUGAAGUAUCCCUAA